CUAUUCGGGGCCUUUGGCGGCUUCAGCUGACGUAGCUCAGAGGCCAGCUGCACUUCCGGAUUAAAGACAGACAGAAGCUGAGCUGUCUUGUGAGCGCUUCACAUCUGGCACCAUGUUGGAUAUCUUUAAUUCCAUUCCCACCCAGAUGGACUACAAGGGACAGAAGCUUGCAGAACAGAUAUUUCAAGGAAUCAUUCUCUUUUCUGCUAUUAUUGGGUUUAUCUACGGUUACAUCAUAGAACAGUUUGGCUGGACUGUGUAUAUAGUUAUAGCUGGAUUUGCUGUGUCCUGUCUGUUAACGCUUCCUCCAUGGCCAGUUUACCGUCGUCAUCCACUUAAAUGGUUGCCUGUCCAAGACUCUGCUUCAGAUGACAAGAAACAGUUGGAUAAAAAAUCCAAAAAGCACAAAUAAAUCCAUUGACCCUCAAAUGCAAUACAGCAGCAUUCCGCCCGGUGAUGGAAUAUGGACUUGACGCAGCAAUUUGUCUUGGUUGGAAAUGCUUUCUGCUAAGCAGAACGUUGUGCUAAUAUAUGUUACAUUACAGGUAUUGCCUGCAACUGUUAAAUAAAAUAAUUUUCUUGUA